AUGCUCGGGCUUCCGUCCGCCUUUCGGGGAGCGGCCCUUUGCGGCCUCAUACUCGCGGCCCCAUCCUUUGUGCCCGUCUCGGCGUCUGCCACUCGGCUCCAACGCCGGGCUCCGGCUCCGCACAUAAUCACGCCUUCUUCCGGCGGAGAGGUUUCCCCGGCCACCAUCACGGCCGUGUCUGAGUGCCAUACCCACGGCACCGUUCAGUACUGCCAAGCAGGGACCACAGAGUUCAGGAUAUCAGGCACCGCCGCCACGGCGUCGUCUUAUACUGACUGUCAUCACCAUGGCAAAGACACGUACUGUAUGGCACCAACAGGCGAAGUACAGAUUAUCGCUGCCCAGGCUGGCUCCGUCACACCGACCCCUACGACCGGGGCUGCAUCGGCUAGCAGCGUGACUGCCGUGUCUAGCUGUCAGAUGCACGAGUCAGAACUCCUCUGUGUAGCGGGUACCACCCCCUACCAUGUCCACACCACCGUCACUGCGACACAAGAUAUCCCCCCGGCGUUUACCGACUGCCACGCUCAUGGCACAGAAACUUUCUGUGUAACCCCGGAAGGCGACGAUGUGCAAAUCACCUUGGAGGGCGAGGAAUCAGAGUCCGCGGAAACUCCAAGCGGCGAGAACUGCCACUUCCAUGCUGGUGUUGAACAUUGCACCGGCGGAGCCAGCGAAGGAGGUCAGGUCAACUGCGCCCGCAUCGAGCGCGAGUACAACAUCCCUCUGCGCGUGGGACUGCUCUUCGUCAUGCUCGUCACCAGCUCCAUCGGCGUUUUUACUCCCAUGCUCGUCGCCUCGUUCGUCUCGCCCAAGCAUGCCAUCUUCACCAUCCUCAGGCAGUUCGGCACCGGUGUCAUCAUCUCGACGGCCUUUGUCCACCUCUAUACCCACGCGAGCCUGAUGUUCCAAAACGAAUGCCUCGGCGACCUCGGCUACGAAUCCACCGCCGCCGCCAUCCUCAUGGCCGGCAUCUUCCUGUCCUUCCUGGUCGAAUACCUCGGCAACAGGUUCCUUCAAUGGCAGGAGGCCAAGUCGCCCACUGGCAGCGGGAGCGUCGAGUCCGCUUCACAUGGACAUGGACAUGCACACGGGCAUCACCUGUCCCCCCCAUCCGGCAGAGCCGACCUGGUCAACAUAUCCGUCCUCGAAGCAGGCGUCAUCUUCCACUCCCUGCUAAUCGGCCUCACCCUAGUAGUCUCCGGCGACGCCUUCUUCCUAACCCUCUUCGCCGUAAUCGUCUUCCACCAAAUGUUCGAAGGCCUCGCGCUCGGCACCCGCAUCGCCGCACUCGGCAAACCCACAUCUUCCCCCUCCUCCCCCACACCCGCCCCCCUUUCCGACGAAACCAAAGUCAACCCAACCGCCGACGGCGAAUCCAACAACUCAACCCCUUCCACCAUCCCACCACUCGCCACCCCCGUAUCAGUCUCAACAACCCACAAAAUCCUCCUCGCCACCGCUUUCGCCCUGGUAACACCCAUAGGGAUGGCCAUCGGUAUCGGUGUAUUACACCGCUUCAACGGGAACGAUCCGUCGACCGUCAUAGCCAUCGGCACACUCGAUGCGUUGUCAGCGGGGAUACUGGUGUGGGUUGGUGUGGUUGAGAUGUGGGCGCAUGACUGGAUGCUUGCGGGCGGGGAGCUGACAAGGUCCGGGCCGGUCAGGACAGGGCUGGGGCUGGCGGCGUUGGUUGUGGGUAUGGCGGUUAUGAGUUUAUUGGGGAAGUGGGCUUGA